UCUUUUCAUCAACAAAGUGAGCAAUUAUUAUAUUCAACAGAGGAAAGAUAUAAAAGGUUAUCGCAUAGAGGCAAAACCUUAAGGGUCUUCUUCCAUGGAGCUUCUGGUAGAGCCUAUCAUGAAACUGGUAACGUGUUUGGGGAAGUCAGCCCGCACCUAUCUAAAUUAUCACUUAAAUUUUGAUGAAGAUGUGAGUGAUCUAAGAAGAGAAUUGGAAGCUCUAAACAGGCGGAAAGAGGAUAUAAAGUUAAGCAUACAGUCCCACGCUAGUUUGGGAAAAGAAGUAAAACAUGAAGUGCAAGGUUGGCUUGAACGUGUAGAAGAAUUCAAUAAUGAAGUGCUAGCCAUUCACGAAAAGAUUCAGAGAGUUAAGUGGUACUCAAAGGGCUGUCUAGGGAAACUUGUUCGGAAGAAAAUUGAGGUGGUGAAGAGAAUCUAUGAACAAGGUAGUUUUCCUGAUGGUCUCGUAGUUGACAAGCCUCCACGAGGAAUCAAAUUGCCAAUUGAGAAUGUAGUGGGUGAAGAUUCUACAAAAGAAAAAAUUUGGGGAUACUUGAUGGGCAAUGAGGUCAGAAAGAUUGGAGUUUGCGGGGUUGGUGGGGUUGGGAAAACUACCAUCAUGAAGCAUAUUAAUAAUGAAUUGUUAAGAGUGACCAAUUUUGAUAGGGUGAUUUGGGUCACUGUGUCCUACCCACUCAAUAUUAUCAAAUUACAAGAAAAUAUUGCUCGCGCUAUGGAUGAUAGAUCAAGACUCCCCGAAGGUGAGGAUGAAGUGAGGCGGGCAGCUGCUUUGAUAAGCAUUGUGGAAGGAGUAGGAAGAUACGUGCUUAUCCUAGAUGAUGUCUGGGAAGUGUUUUCUCUGAUUGAAGUGGGAAUUCCAGAACCAGCAAUUCAGAAUGGAAGCAAAAUAGUCAUCACUAGUAGAUCCAUUGAUGUGUGCCAAAAUAUGGACUGUGAGAUAGUCAAAGUGGAGCCUCUUUCAUGUCAGGAGUCUUUUAACUUAUUCUUAGAUAAAGUUGGGCAGCAUGUUCUGCAAAUACCAAGUUUAGAAGGAAUCUUGAAGCUCAUUGUGGAGGAGUGUGGUGGCUUACCAUUGGCCAUUGUUGUGAUAGCAGAGAGUAUGAAGGGAGAAGAUAAUAUUGAAGUGUGGAAUAAUGCCCUGACUGAAUUACAGAAACGAGUAAAGAGUGUGACUGGUUCAGAUCAAAAGAUAUUUAAGAGGUUAAGGUUUAGUUAUGAUCGUUUGAAUAAUUUUGAAAUCCAAAGCUGUUUUCUUUAUUGCUCCUUGUUUCCUGAAGAUUAUCCAUUUCAGACAGAAGGGUUGGUAGAAGGGUGGAUUGAUGAAGGACUAAUUGAUGUGUUGCCUAGUAGAAAAGCAGCUUAUGAUAGGGGUCAUGCCUUUUUAAAUAGGCUAGUAAAGAAGUGCUUGUUAGAGAAAACUGUUGAUUGGCGUGGUGUUGAUGUUUUCAAGAUGCAUGAUGUAAUGAGAGACAUGGCUAUCAAAAGCAUUGGUCCUGAAUUGGGAUAUAUGGUAACAGCUGGAAUGAAAAUGAAAGAGGUACCAGAUGAGCAUGGUUGGGGAAAUUAUCUUAAGAAGGUGUCUCUAGUGGGGAAUAACAUAUCAAAAAUUCCCCUUGAGUUGUCUCCAAAUUGUCCAACUCUUUCAACUUUGAUAUUGUCAAAUAAUUAUAAUUUGUCAGAGAUCCCAGAAUCCUUCUUUGAAGGAAUGCCUGAACUAAAGGUUCUUGAUCUUUCUGAAACUGGUAUUGAAGUUUUACCUAACUCCAUCUCAAACUUGGAGAAGCUCUCUUCCAUGAGGUUAAGGUAUUGUUACAAGUUAAGGCAUUUGCCUUCUUUAGCAAAGCUUACAGCUUUAAAGAAAUUGAAUCUGAAAAAUUCCAUGAUUGAGGUGGUCCCUCAAGGCAUGGAGAAGUUGAUUAGUCUGGAGUAUCUUGAUUUAAGUUAUUGUUACAGUCUAGAAGAGAUUCCAAUGGGAAUGUUAUCAAACCUUUCCAAUCUCCAAUACUUGUCAGUUUAUGAAAAAUUGAAGAUAAAAGAAGAAGAGGUUAUGAGAUUAAGGAAGUUGGAGAUCUUUAAAGGUGCUUUCAAUGAAAUACAGGGCUACAAUAAUUUUGUCAAGUCUCAAGUUUUCCAAAUUCUUUCUGAUUACGAUAUUGUAGUAGGAGCAUCACCCUAUGUUAGCCGGAGUGGCCAAAAGAAAUCUAUGGUUAGUAUUAGUAAUUGCGACUUGGGAGAAGAAUGUAUCCUGCUUCCAGAUAACCUUCAGAAGCUGGAGAUAGAGGAGUGUAGAAACAUGGGAAGCAGCUUAAAUAAAGCAGCUUUCUUAGAAAAGGCAACCGAGUUGAAUUAUUGUGGUAUUAGCCAUUGUGAAGAUAUGGAGUGUGUGCUUGACUUGGACUCAUCCUCCCAUCCGGUACUGGGUAAGCUUGAAAAGCUGCUUCUUUGGGAAUUGCCAAAAUUGAGUGUACUUGUGAGAGUGGAAGGAGUAGCAACACCACCGCACGUCUUUUCCAAUCUUAAAAGGCUUAUUAUUUGGAAUUGUUCAGGAAUGAGGAAGUUGCUUCCACUUGAGCUGCUGCAGGCCUUCCAAAACUUAGAGGAGAUUGAUGUUUUUGAGUGCAAACAAAUGGAGGAGAUAAUAACAUCAUCAGAUUCAGAUGCAUCAUCGGAUAAAUUCACUUUUCCCAAGUUAAGAAGAUUGUCCUUGAGGAAUUUACCCCAAUUGAAGAGCAUCUGCAGUGCCAAAGGAGUUAUGGUUUGUGAUUCUAUUCAAGAAAUUGAAAUAUUUAGAUGUCGGAAGUUAAAGAGGAUCCCAGUGCAGCUUCCCCUGCUUGAUAAUGGCCAACCAUCUCCUCCUCCUCAUCUCAGAGAAAUCAGGAUAGAUGAAGAGUCAAAAGAAUGGUGGGAAUCAGUGGUGUGGGAUCAUAAGAACCUACUUCAACCUUUCUUGAAAUAUUGGCCUGUUCUUUUGAUUCUGAAAGCGAAUGGAAGAGAUCCAAUUGAGUUGAGUCCAACCUCUGCUUCCCCAAUUUCAUCUGAGAUUCUCACCAAAUUGGGUAUUAUGGCAGAUUCUGAUUGGAAGCAUUAAUACUUAAAAACCGAUAGGAAGGACUAGGAAGUUUCAAUUGAUUUGGUUUCCAGAAAUUCAGGGUUUCAAAAUGAGGUUACCUUCAAAGCAUUUAAAAUGAGCAAAGAUGUAAUGAUGCUGGUCGUGAUUCUGAAAAUGAACAACCAUGAUGGUGUGAUGAAAUGGGGAAGAGGAAGAUGCAAGUCUUGUAGAGGUAGAUGUUUUGUUAUUAUAUUUCUUGUUCCAUUUUGGUAAUUCCAAAAUGUACUGCAGAUUUUCUGAAAUGACUAGUUUCUGUUAGCAUUUUUGGUGGCUGCUCUUUAUUUAUGGGAGAUUUCUUAUUUUCUUAAAUGCGGUCCUUCUGGAUAUGGUUAUUUUUGUUCCAAUUUUUGAGAAUUUGGUAGUUGGUUCUAAUAAAUUUAUGCAGUUGUU